CCGCGUCCUUUGGAGCGCAACAUUCACCUCGUUUGUAUUUCUGAAGAUGCAUUAAAAAAUAUCUUGGAUAUGGAUCCAGAAAUCGCGAACCGCGAAGAAUUUGUGGAAUUUAUUGCUGGUAGAAAACUACCUUAUGGAGCGCUACCUGUGGCUCACCGGUACGGUGGACAUCAAUAUGGCUUGUGGGUUGGACAACUAGGAGACGGAAGAGCACAUAUUCUGGGUGAAUAUGUAAAUCGCAAUGGUGAAAGAUGGCAGCUGCAGCUCAAAGGCUCAGGUCAAACACCUUACUCGCGAAUCCAUGAUGGUCGUGCCGUGCUUCGUGCGGCAAUCAGGGAAAUGAUCGCAUGCGAAGCCUGCCAUGGACUCGGCGUGCCAACUACGCGCGCUGCGGGGCUUGUGGUAAGUGAAGAAGCAGUAGUGCGUGACGUUUUCUAUACCGGGAAUCCUCGCCGUGAAAGGGCUGCUGUGCUGCUUCGCAUCUCCCCUUGCUGGUUCCGCUUUGGUACCUUUGAGAUCCUAUCACGAAGCGGAGAAAUUCCUGUCUUAAAGCAGCUUGCUGAUUUUGUAAUAAAGGAGUAUUUUCCUGAUAUUCAUUUGACGGAUGAAAAUCGAUACAUCAGAUUAUUCUCUGAAAUUGCUCAUCGUACUUUGGACCUGGUAGCUAAAUGGCAAGGUCUAGGUUUUACCCAUGGACUGUUGAAUACUGACAACAUGAGUCUUCUUGGUCUCACAGUAGACUUUGGUCCUUUUGGUUUCGUGGACUCUUACGACGGUGGAUUUGUAGCCAACUGUUCCGAUGGUGAAGGACGAUAUGCUUUGGCCAAACAACCUGACAUAGUUGUUUGGAAUAUAAGCCAACUGGCAAAUGCUUUCAAGCCUCUUUUGAACUCGGCACAGCAAGUACACAUGUCACAUAUUAUGAAAACUUUGGACACGUACUGCAAAAACAAGAUUUUGGAAACAUUUUUGAUGAAGAUCGGCUUAAAGGAAGAGCGCUGGGGAGAUGAACAGCUGGUGGAGAAAUUGUUGGACAUGAUGCAGCAAACUGGAGCGGACUUUACUUGCUCAUUUAGGCAGUUAGCCGAAUUGGAGCCAUGUGAAAUGGUAAGCGAAGCUAAAUUGGAUGAGAAGUGGUCUCUGAAGCGCCUGUCAUCCCACGCUUCUUGGGGUUGUUGGCUCGACCAAUAUCGCGAGCGGCUUGAUAAGGAAGCUGUGGAUCCAAGUUCAGAAGGACUUUUCGAAGAUGAACGCCGUCGUCGCAUGUUGAGUGUGAAUCCCGCUUAUGUGCCUCGCAACUGGUUGCUGCAAGAGGCAAUUGUUGAUGCUGAGAAAGACGACUAUCAAAAGGUGCGAUUCCUAUUGGAAGUAAUGCGUAAUCCAUACGAAGUUCAGCCUGAAGCUGAAAAACGAGGUUUCUCUGCUCAACCGCCCCAGUGGGCUUAUGCUCUGAAGGUCAGCUGCUCUAGCUAAAGUGUGG